CUUUAAAAGCCGACGAUGUGGGCACGAAGUCGACAGUUCUCCUUCGGUCGCCGUCUUACCAAAUGAAGCGGGUAAAAGAAGCAUCUAUGAAGAACUUCCUCCGGCGAUUACAACCAGCGGGGUUUUACGUGCUUGUUGCUGGACUUCUCAGCGCCGCCGCUCUGUUUUCGGUCAUUAGAGAUGGUAAACUCAACAAUUUAGGCCUUUUAUCCUGGACGGCGGGAGCAAGUUCGUCCCAGAAUCUUCGCCUACUUCCUGGAUUGCAAAAUCUCGGGAACAAUUGCUUUUUCAAUGUGAUUUUACAGGCUUUAGCUAGCUGUGUGUUUUUUCAACCUUUUCUUCAAAAGCUUAUGGAGGAAUUUGAACUUCACGAGGAAAUGAGUGAUGCCUUACCACUUACGAUCUCUUUAGCUGCACUAUUAGAAGAGCUAAGUGCAAUCUCUUCGGAGAGAGUCGUGUUGAGCCCGAGGAAAAUAAUGCUUGCAAUGGCUUAUUACGCUCCGAAUUUCAAUCUAACAAGCCAGCAGGAUGCAGCAGAAGCAUUCCUUCAUCUUCUUUCUUCAUUAAAAGAAGAGAUUUCGGAUUAUAAUCAUCCGCCGCAGUGUUCGUUAGUCGAUGUGUUGGCUUCUAAUGGUAGGAUUAUUACUUCCAGGAGUAAGAGCCCCAGUGAGCUUGAAAGAUGGCAAGGUCACUUCCUUGUACCAUUUGAUGGUAUUCUUGGUAGCAUCUUAACUUGUCAAAGUUGUUCUUCCCAGAUCUCACUGAGUUUUGAAUCCUUUCACAAUUUGCCCCUUUCACCAGUGCUUAGGGGUGAUUCUACUAUUGUUUUCGGCUGUACGUUGCUGGAUUGCUUAAAGCAGUUCUUUGCUGCUGAAAAGGUCGAGAAUUAUCGUUGCAGCUCUUGUUGGCAUGAUGCUGGCUUGAAGUAUCUGUCCUCAAUGGGAGCAUCUAAAAUGGAGAUUGAAGAACUUAUGAAGUGUGAUGGGCAAGAUUCUUGUGGUUGUGACAGACUUUUUGAUUUAUAUAAAGUUCCAUGGUCAAAUAAGUUUUCAUUCACCUUAAAGCAACUCAGUAUUGCUCACUGUCCAAAGAUUCUAUGCAUCCAUCUAAAACGUGUUUCAACGAACAUGUUCGGUGACGUACUCAAACUUCAGGGCCACAUUUCUUUCCCGCUGAUUUUGGACAUGUCGCCGUUCAUGUUGACGGGAGUAGAAAUAAAAGACAUAGAAAAACAACUCGGAAAGCAACAUUCAUCAAAUAAAAAACCGAGCCACGGUCUCGAUGUCUUCAGAAGACAGUUCGAUACCACAAUGCUAAAUUACAUAAACGGACUAACAGGAGAGGACGACUACCCUACGAAUCUCGCCUCAGGUGUGCCCUUUUGCUCAAAACAAUUAAAACCUUCUGCCGUAGAAACCAGUUCUUCUGAAACUCGAUCGAGCUCGGAAACCUGGGAUUCAAACUUGUGCUCCAGUUCCCUGGACACUAGGACUAGCCAAAUCGAACCGUCAGAAACUUAUUUGUAUCGAGUCGUUUCAGUUGUUCAGCAUUUCGGUAGAGCCGGGGGUGGCCAUUACACCGUUUACCGAAGAGUUCAAGAUAGCGACGCACGUUUGCAGGAUGUCUCUACAGAAUGGUUUCAUGUAUCAGAUUCAGAAGUUCAUCUUGUUUCUGAAGAAGAAGUUCUUGCAGCUGAAGCUACCUUGCUGUUCUAUGAGAAAAUCUAGAAUGCUGGGUGCAACGUGUUCGGUUCGGAGUCUUAAA